AUGGGGCUCUUCAAGUCUCGAUCAUCAGCGGCCAAGUCAUCCCAAUCCGCGGCCGGCGCACAUGAACAACUAACCAAAUAUCCCAACACGUCAACCUCCAACCUCUCUACGACGUCCACGCUCCUCGAGUCUCCGACUAAGAAACAGGUUAGGCGCCGCACAUCCUACGAAGAGUUCCUAGCGCAGGCGCAGGAAAAGGAGGAGCGGCGACAGAGGCAGCAGAGAGCCUGGAUAGAGGCGGAGAAGAGGAGGAUGGGUAACUCGACUGAUCCUUGGAGGGGCGGGUUUGGACCUCCAGCACCAGUCAAGCAGAGGGAUGUUGGGGACUGGUUGAAGGAUAAUGGACUGAGCGGACGGUAG